CGGAGUCGCGUACGUGACCGGAAAAUUAGCGCUAGCUUCCUCCUUCAGUAAUUUCACCGGUUCGUGUAGCUGGCUGUCCUGCAUCAUGUUCCGAGCCGCCGUCCGACUCUCGGUCUCCGGUGUCCGGAGUUUAACCCGUACGCAACCAGGGUGUCAAGCUCUUUUGGCUUCAAGGUGCUACUCUCAUGGGAAGCAAGAGACGGAUGAGGAGUUUGAUGCCCGCUGGGUCACCUAUUUUAACAAAACAGACAUUGACGCAUGGGAGCUGAGAAAAGGGAUGAACACACUGAUUGGUUAUGAUCUGGUACCUGAGCCAAAGAUUCUCGAGGCAGCACUGAGAGCCUGUCGAAGAUUAAAUGACUUGGCCAGUGCUAUCCGAAUUUUGGAAGCUGUAAAGGAUAAAUCCGGCCCUCAUAAAGAGAUCUACCCGUAUCUCCUGCAAGAGCUGAAGCCGACAUUAGAUGAGCUUGACAUCCCUACACCUGAAGAGCUUGGCAUAGACAAAGUGUAGAUGAGUAGAUUAAAUGACUGUGGAUAUCCCCAGGACACAGAACCCUUGUACUUAACUGUUUGUUUGCUCAAUAUAAUACAUGUGAUAUUUAAUUUGGCCUUUUAUUAAGUUCUUGUAAAAUAUUGAUGAACCUAAUAAAGGAAAGUGUAUUGUUUGAGUUCGACAAAUAUUUUGGGAUAUUUUAAAUAGUUUGAGUACAUAAUGAAGCAAUACACUCAAUUCAUUACAAUUUGCUUUAAUGGAGACAAGCGCGUCACUUUUAUGGUGCAUGUUGACUGAGUGUGUCUGGUAAUUCUUGUGAGAGUCACAUUUUGCCACCAGGGAGCAGCGUUUUCACAUGAAUGUAAAACAAAAAUAAUUCUACUGUAUUCAAUCUGCAUUACAUCUGUUUUCAUUUCAGGGAAGAUUUAAAUGCUUGUGAAAUAAACAUGUUCAAAUGUCAAA